AUGGCUGCUGUCGCAAGAGAAUUGGAAGACUACCUCCAAUCUGGAAGGUACAAAGAUGGAUUGAGCAAGUGCAACAAGCUUUUGAAGAAGUCACCUGCAAACAAUCAGCUUCUCUACUUCAAGGCAAACUUUCUCUUCAGCAUGAUGCAACUUGAUGAGGGCAAUCAGAUCCUGGAUCAGCUUUGUAAUAGGAACCCUCCUAUCGUGGAUCUUAAUCUGAUUUCAGAUGUGGAUGAGCUGGCUACAAUGGCUGUGAUGGAUGAUUACCCACGUCCGCUGAGUAAUGGUCCGCGCGCUGGCAAGUUAUGGACGAAUGCGACAAACGCGGCAGGCAAGAAUGGUGUGAUUGCCAUCAACCAGAAGAGAUUUACGAUCGCAGUAAGCGAGCAAAGAUGGCAGGAUGCCGCUACAGCGUUGAUCGCCAUGAAGAAAGCCGACCCUGCUAACAAAAAGUACAAACUCGCUCAUAUUGCCAUUCAACAACUGCUCAGUGAAGCAGACAAGGAUGAAAAAAUGGCUGGCAUGAACCGCAUUCUUGCUUUCCGAAGUCUGAAGCAGCUACCAAUUGAGGACUCCGCACAAUUGAGACUUAUGAUGAACCUUAAUCGAAGACAGGGCCAGUGGAAAGACAUGAUUGAAGCAUUGGACUCGUUCAAGGACAAGACGGACGACAAGUUGGCCAAGCAGAUCAUGACCGACUGGCCUUUCACCAGAGAGAAGAUUCAACUGUAUAUCGCAGAGUCUCGUUGGCAGGAGCUAUUUGAUUUAUGUUCUUCUUUACUUGAGGAAAGCUCUGGGGAUGGUGCACUGAGAGUCAGAGAUGAUUGGGUCGUUUGGGAUGGUCUGGUGAAGGCUGCUUCCAAACUCGGAAAGGAAGAUGCUAUACCUGCCAUUAACGAGAAAGAUGACUGGAGAAUCAAGCGACUACAGAUGAUGGCCAAGGUACAGGCUACCGUUCUCUCCGAGGCAGAGACAGAUGCAAGCGCAAAGUCACAGAAGACUUUGCAGUCUGCCAAGGAGUUUUUCACCGAGUGGCAGUCGUAUCCCUUCUGCUAUGGCGAUAUCAGGGAGUUCGUUGAUGGCCUGUCAAAUGAGGCUCAGCAAGAUUUCCUGAAACAUGUCGCUGAAUCGUCGUUCAAGCUGACAAGUCCCGAAUCUGGGAAAUCAGCGAAGGUUUCUGAUCUCCUUACUUCCGAGAUCAACUCGUUGAAGUUCCAGUACCGCAUCAACAUUGGAGUCACUAAACCAGAGGCAGAAGUCAUCAAGAACUUUGCUUGCGAGUGCAUCCGACUCAUGGAAACCAGCUCGCAGAACAAGUUGCGCCUGUCAGAUGCUUGCUAUCUGGCCGUUGCAGCACUUAUCCGACUUUAUGAACUCGAGCAGGACAUUACGUACCUCUUCCAAGCGGCAUAUCUCCUUGAGACUGGUCCUGUCACGGAAGAUGCACACCCUGGUAAAGUUUUGCUCGUAUACCUCGAAACAGAACUCGGACUUCACUCUCUAGCCAUGAAACAGUAUGCUAGCUUGCGUGUCAGAGAGAUUCAGCAAGAGACCAUGGCCCACUCUCUCUUGACCAGAGUAUCUCUCAAUCAUCCUUUCGCACUUGAUCAGAGAGGCGAAGCUUCAAUCGAUCCCUACGAGAUCAUCGACAACGCCUUGGACAUGUUUUUCGCUACUGACAAGAAACUCGCGCACUCUCAGUCGUCACUCAUGAAGAAUGGACAAUGUGAUCUGGUCUUUGAACUGCAAGAGCUGCGUGAUACUCUCGAGCACAGUUUCACCAGGCGCAUGCUGAUUCUUGAGCAAUGCAGAAUGGCUCGUUUGACAGACAAUCCUUUCCAUCCUCGCACUCCUGACAUCCGCCCGAGUGUUCUAGAGUACUGGACUCAGAACCUCAAGGACAGCAGAGACUAUGCGGAGACGUUCAACCUCGAUGGUUUUGGAACUGAAAGCACGCCUGAACGCAGAUUAACUAGUGGAGGCAAGAUCCCCAACACCAACUGGAUUUCGCUGGCUAUCGUUAGUGAGGAUGUCUGGGCGUUACUUUCUAGCAGACCUACAGUUUGCUCCAAGCCAAGCAAUGUCACGGAAGAGGAAGCUGCUGCAUUCGCAAAGGCAAGCAGCAGCGAGCUUACUUCAACAGAGGAGUCUCUUGCAAAGCCAUGGGCACAACUGCUUCAAGCCACGAAAUCGCUUCUGGGCACUAACGAGACCAAGCCCGAUGCUGGUCUGCUCGACCGUUUGGCCACAUCCAUUCAGCAGCUAUCUACCUCAGACAUUCUCGGCGUCCAAAAGUCAUCUGGCUUGCCUCCAUCAAGCUUCACACUGCAGUCCUACUUCCUGCUGCUUGACCUCAUUCGCAGUGCCGCGUUCUUUUGCAAUGUCGCAAUUGAGGUAGAGAAGAAGAAGCGUCAAGGCAACCGCCUGCCACCACAACCCAUCCAGCGCAUUCGCGACGCUGUGGCCAAGCACUUUGCAGCUCUGCAGACACUUGCGCGUGAACAGAAAUCGAAGAUUGACGGCAGGGAUAUGGUACAAGCAUUGCGCGAGGGAGCAACUGGCGAUGCUAUGGCUGAUGCUCAGUUCUUGAGCCAGGGAAUUAGAGCGUUUGCUACCAAGGCUGAGGCAAGUGCUUUGGAUGCUUGGGAAGGAGUGUUGAAGGUCAGACUGGGGCUUAAAUGA